GGUUGAUCCCGUUCACAGUCAUCUGUAGUUUCAUUAUCGAGUCUAUCCAAGCCACGAAUUAAUAAUUUAUUGCAUUUACGUAAAUCGGCGAUUGAAGACAUUAUUCUAUCUUUGAUAUCAGAGAUAGUGUUUUAGAUUUUAGAACUAUGGUCUUCCUUGUCUAGUAGACUGUAACCAGGCUGAUCCGCAUUACACAACUAUUUUACGGUUAGAACUGGCGAGGCAAGACUGAAAAAUGAAGAUAGAGGAUGUGAAAAGAUGUAAUUUUUCUUACUGGUAUGACACUUUUUCUGACGUCACGAUCAGAAGCAUUAUACUGCCUAUUCCCCAAGACUUUCUUGAUUAUCUAAAUGCAGAUGGGAUUGUUCUACCUGAAGGAUCACAUCAAGGUGCCUACUCUACGUCAGUGCAAAAAGAUGAUGAUGUGGAUGAAGAGGAGGUCAACUGGAGUGAACAGGAUGACAGUGCAUCAGCUUCAGGAGGAUCUGUACACAUAUGAAAUGGGAAAACUACUGGUGAGUUUUAUCAUUCAGAUGCCUGACUGUCAAGGGUUUCUACAUCAAAUUGAUUCAGCAAUUGAAAGUCUUGGUGGCAAAGUUUUUCCAAAGCUGAACUGGAGUGCACCACAGGAUGCCAGAUGGGUGUCUUUCAACAACUCCCUCAUGUGCACACAUGCUAGUGAUGUGUGCCUCUUGCUCAAAAGCUCAGAUUUCAUAACACAUGACCUAACACAGUCGUUUUUGCAGUGUGAGGAUUAUGAAGCCACAUCAGCAGAGGAGCAUCUAAAACCAGAACUAAUUUUGAGACGAUGGACCGAUAUCAACACCAGUGAUGAAUUUCGCUGUUUUGUUCAUAGAGGAAAUCUUGUUGCCAUUUCCCAGAGAAAUCAUUCCAAGUAUUUUCGGCACAUUGUAACCUCCAAAAAUGAAAUACAGACUGACAUUCAAAAUUUCUUUGAGGAGGUGAUUGAUGGAAACUUUGCUGCAGAGGAAAGCAGUUAUGUCUUUGAUAUCUGGAGGACAGGGAAGGGCAGGAUACUGUUGAUUGACUUCAAUCCUUGUGGACCUGUCACAGACCCACUACUGUUUGACUGGCAGGAGAUUGAAGCUAUGGAUUCCACUCAUAUCGAACGUGGUUUAAUCUUCCGAUGCAUUGAGACAGAAACUGGAAUUCAUCCAAACAUCCACACUCCAUUUGGAGUACCACAAGAUUUCAUCGAUUUGGCAGCAGGAGAGGAUCCAUUUAAACUGAAAGAUCUUCUGCAACUGGGAAAUACUGAACAGGAUUCUUCCUCUGAUGAUGAUGAUGAUGAUAAAAACAAGGAUGCAGUGCAAGCAUUGGAAAUAGAGAGCCAUCAUAAAUCAAGUCAGCUGCCAACUUGAGUCAUCAUUAAAUGAUGAGCUGUGCUCAGUGAUCAAGUUAUUGUGCAGCUACCUUGUCUGAGAAUUUGGCAUUGGAAGCUGGGUUGGCAUGAAUGGUUCUUCUCGGAUUGAUUUCAGCACCAGAAAAGGAGUGCAUGGGUGGUAACCCGAUCCGGACAGACUCAUUCCUAAAGCUCUUGCAAUGGACUCGUUUCUGCAAACAAAAAUUCCUCACAUCAGAUGAUUGAAUUUUCACUAGAAAUGCUAGAACUUUAUUUUGGGGGAAAGGGGAAAAAUUGGUGUCCAGUUUGUUUCAUCCUGCUGCUAUGUCAUGUAGUUUUAUAAUGGAAUAAGUUAACACAUGCAAGAAUUGUUAGCUUGUACUUCUUAGCCAUGAGUAAACUUGGUUGGGACAUUCUGCAAGAUUAGACAUAAAUCAAAGUGUAUCAUCAACACCCAUAAAAAUAUGUCAUGACACAAGUUCAGCAAGUGAAGGAAGAGUUGCACUUAGUGAAAGAUGUGCCAGAUGUUCCUGCUAAAUACAAACAGAAAACCUAAUUUUUUUUCCUUUCGCUAAGGCAUGGCAAGAGUAAGAUGAAACGUCUAAUUUCUUAAACAAACAAAAUAGUUGAAAAUAAACGACAUUUCUUUUCUAA